UUCAUCCCACACAAACCAUUUUAAAAUAUCUCUAGUCAUCCUCAAAUCCUAAAAUCCUAACCCACAGUUAAAUUUCAGCUCAACUCCAUAACCAACUCUUAAACGCCUCGCUUGAAGAUUCAGCAGAAAAAGCAUUUUCUUUCCUCAUGAUUAUACAAUUCCUUAUCUAGGAAUUGUUAAAGGCAUGUAAAUUUCACUGAUUAUUCUUAUUAUUAUUUUUUAUCCAUGGCUGUAAUUGUACUUAGCUCCUCAACAAUUUGCUGCAACAAUUUCAAUUGUAUAUCUUUAACUGAGACUAGACAAUCUACUAAUAGUAGUAGUACACUACAUUUAUCAAUUGGUUAUAGUGGGUUAGUUAGAGGAGGAACAUGUUCCAGAGUCUUGGAUUUUUUUCCUUGUGGGUAUGUGAUUAACUGCAAGAAAAUUAGGAAAAGAAAUGUGGGGUCCUCAAGAUUUGUCAUAAAAAGUUCCAAAAAUGAUGUUUUGUUAGUGAAUGGGAAAAAACCUAGAAACAACAUCUCUGCUGAGGAGGUAUUGAGGGACUUGAAAUCGAUUUCGAACCCGAAUGAAGCUUUGUGUUUGUUUAAAUCUGUAGGGGAAAUGCCUAGGGUUGUGCAUACUACAGAGACAUGUAAUUACAUGUUGGAGUAUUUGAGGGUUCAUGAGAGGAUUAAUGAUAUGGCUCAAGUGUUUGAUUUGAUGCAAAAACAGAUAAUAUAUAGGAGUUUGGAUACUUAUUUGAUUAUAUUUAAGGGUUUGAAUAUUAGGGGAGGUAUACGAGAAGCUCCUUUUGCUCUAGAAAGGAUGAGAAAGGCGGGGUUUGUGUUGAAUGCCUACUCGUAUAAUGGGUUGAUACAUUUGGUCCUUCAAGCGGGGUUUUGGAAGGAAGGUUUAAAGGUUUAUAGGAGGAUGGUUUCGGAAGAGCUUAAGCCGAGUCUUAAAACGUAUUCUGCAUUAAUGGUCGCGUGUGGUAAAAGAAGGGAUACUGAGACGGUCAUGACAUUGUUAAGCGAGAUGGAUGGUCUGGGAUUAAGGCCGAAUAUUUAUACUUUUACCAUUUGUAUUAGAGUGCUUGGAAGGGCCGGAAAAAUUGACGAUGCUUGUGCUAUAUUGAAGAGAAUGGAUGAUGAAGGUUGUGCACCGGACGUUGUUACUUACACGGUUCUCAUUGAUGCUCUUUGCAUUGCUGGCAAGUUGGAUGUUGCUAAAGAAGUCUUUGUCAAGAUGAAAUCUGGGUGUCAUAAACCUGAUCGAGUAACUUACAUCACUUUGCUCGACAGGUUUAGCGAUCGUGGAGACUUGGACUCUGUAAGGGACUUCUUGGACAGGAUGGAGGCUGAUGGUUAUAAGGCGGAUGUCGUUUCUUUCACCAUACUUGUUGAUGCUUUGUGCAAAGUAGGAAAGGUCAAUGAAGCGUUUGCUACAUUAGAUGUAAUGAGGGGAAAAGGGAUUUUACCUAAUCUUCAUACUUAUAAUUCUUUGAUUAGGGGCCUGCUAAGAACUAACAGAGUCGAUGAAGCAUUAGAGCUGUUUGAUAGCAUGGAAUCUCUUGGAAUUAAGCUUACAGCUUACACAUAUAUCCUGUUUAUUGACCAUUAUGGGAAGUCAGGCGAGCCUGAUAAAGCACUUGAAACAUUUGAGAAGAUGAAAGUUCAUGGAAUUGUGCCUAACAUUGUUGCUUGCAAUGCAUCUUUGUAUAGUAUAGCAGAAAUGGGAAGGCUUGGAGAGGCGAAAAGUAUAUUUGAUGGAAUUAGAGAGAGUGGAUAUGUUCCAAAUUCUAUCACCUACAAUAUGAUGAUGAAAUGCUAUAGUAAUGCCGGGAAAGUUGAUGAAGCUAUUAAAUUACUCUCUGAGAUGAUAGAAAGUGGCUGUGAUCCUGAUGUGAUUGUAGUCAAUUCAUUGAUUGAUAUACUUUAUAAGGAUGGUCGGGCUAGUGAGGCAUGGGCAAUGUUUCACAGAAUGAAGGAUAUGAAACUGGCUCCUAGUGUUGUGACCUACAACACUCUACUGGCCGGAUUAGGAAAAGAGGGAAAAAUUCGAGAGGCCAAUGAAUUAUUUGAUAGCAUGACUUUUCAGGGGUGUCCUCCAAACACAAUCACUUAUAAUACGCUUUUAGAUAGUCUUUGCAAGAACGGUGAGGUUGAUAAAGCCUUGACGCUGCUUUAUCAAAUGUCUGGACCAAAUUGCUCUCCGGAUGUUUUCACUUAUAACACUGUCAUUUUUGGGUUGGCUAAAGAAAAAAGGGUAACCGAAGCAUUUUUUCUUUACCAUCAGAUGAAGAAGAAACUAUAUCCCGACUGUGUAACUGUGUAUGCUCUUCUUCCUACUCUUGUGAAAGAUGGUUCAAUUGAGGAUGCUGUUAAGAUUGUGGAGGGUUUCGUUAACCGAGGUUUGAAUAGGUCGGAGAGAUCCUUUUGGCUACACUUGAUGGAAGGUGUUUUGGGAGAAGCUGACUUAGAUCAUUCCAUUUCUUUUGCAGAAAGACUUGCAUCUAAUCGUCUUUGCACAAAUGAUUUAAUAAUAGUACCAGUUAUAAGAGUUCUGUGCAAGCAGAAGAAAGCCCUUGAUGCUCAUGCACUUUUUGUUAAGUUCAAGAAUGAAUUCGGAAUUCGUCCAACACUAAGAUCAUAUUAUCCCUUAGUUGAAGGACUUCUGGAUGUUCGUCUUAAAGAAUUGGCGUGGAAUCUUUUCAAGGAGAUGAAAGAUGCUGGUUGUUCUCCCGAUGUUUAUACCUAUAAUUUAUUUCUUGAUGAACUUGGUAAGUCGGGGAAGGUUGAUGAACUUUUUGAGCUGUACGAGGAAAUGCUCCACAGAGGAUGUAAGCCGUUCACGAUAACUUACAAUAUUCUCAUUUCUGGUUUGGUGAAGUCUAAUAAAGUAGAGAGAGCAAUAGAUUUAUACUAUGAUCUUGUAAGUCUAGGCGUUACACCUACUCCUUGUACAUAUGGUCCUCUCAUAGAUGGGCUAUUGAAGGUUGAAAAUUUCGACAAAGCAAAGGACUUCUUUGAGGAAAUGGUGGACUAUGGAUGCAGACCUAAUUGUGCUAUCUACAACAUUCUUAUAAAUGGGUUUGGGAAAGCAGGUGAUCUUGAAGCCGCUUGUGACCUCUUUAACAGAAUGAAGAAAGAAGGAGUUAGACCGGAUUUAAAGACUUACACCAUUCUUGUAGAUUGCCUAUGCACUGCAGGGAAGGUGGACGAUGCUCUGCACUACUUUGAGGAACUGAAGUCAGCUGGCCUUGAUCCUGAUUUGAUUUCUUACAACCUUAUGAUCAACGGAGUCGGGAAGUCUGGUAAAAUGAAGGAAGCAUUGUAUCUUCUUGAUGAGAUGCAAAGCAGAGGAGUUACCCCAAACCUUUAUACCUAUAAUUCCUUAAUACUCAAUCUUGGGAUUGCUGGAAUGUUGGAGGAGGCCGGAAAGAUGUAUGAAGAACUUCAGCGGCUGGGACUUGAACCCAAUGUUUUUACAUAUAAUGCUCUUAUUAGAGGGUACAGCAAGUCCGGUGAUCCGGAUGGUGCAUAUGCCGUUUAUGAGAAGAUGAUGGUUGGGGGUUGUAGCCCAAAUACUGGGACUUUUGCUCAGCUACCUAAUUAAAGCUUCUUUAGGUUCUUCUUUCAAAGUGAAGCUUCUGAGAUUUGAGUUCCUAAACUCCGCCUCGGGCUGCUAAGGGCUUACUUCUGCUGAUCGGACGUUGUUAUUUAAAAAGAGAGGUAGAGUUUAUUCACUUGUUUGCAGCUCUUACAUGUGUGCCAGGUUUGUUAGGCUCUGCUGCGCACCUCAAAGGCUUCGGAAUUCAUUUGUAAGGCGCUCUGUAAAUUCCAAAAUGUCUAUAUAAAGUGUCAAUAUUUGAUUGUUGUAGGUUUAUCCCUGUGCAUCUUGUAAGAAUAGUCGACAGUCUUAGCAAUAACUGUAGCAUCUCUUAUGCUUGGUCAGAAUACAUGGUUCCAAACUGUAGAUAACCAGCCAAUGUGGAGGGAAAACUCUUACUAAAGUUUUGAUUCGUUCUUCGAUUUGCAAUGUUAGUCUUGCCAAGAAAUGUAGAGAUCUCCUUACAUUGUGUUGUAAAGUGUACCAACUGCUGUUCCAAUAUAUCUCUUAUCAUCGAUUGAAUUCAGUUUUUCGAUUCAA